AUGAUACUUGUCUUAUUUGCUGCAAAGGAAACUAUCUCCUUUAGUGGGUGCAUGACUCAGCUCUUUGCAGAACAUUUCUUUGGGGGAGAUGAAAUCAACCUGCUUACAGUGAUGGCCUAUGACCGCUACAUGGCCAUCUGCAAGCCCCUGCAUUAUAUGAUCACAAUGAACAGGUGUGUUUGUGGCCUCCUGGUGUCUGUGGCCUGGGCUGGAGGAUUUCUUCAUGGUCUGAUUAAAGCUCUUUUCAUGGUCUGUUUGCCCUUUUGUGACCCAAAUGUCAUUGAUCAUUUCAACUGUGACCUUUUUCCCCUCCUGAAACUCUCCUGCAAAGACUCUCACAUCUUUGUCUUGGUGGCUGCCAACACUGGGCUGCUCCUUAUUUUUGCUUUUCCUAUCAUCUCCCACAUUCUCAUCCUUUGUUCCCUAAAGACUUGCAGCCAGGAAGAACAGAGGAAGGCUCUCUCCACCUGUGCCUCCCACAUUGCUGUAGUCAUCCUCUUCUUUGUAUCCUAUUUGUGUGCUUUCAGCUCAUGGUCACCUUUCCCAUUGACAAAGUUGUGGCUGUGUUUUAUACUAUGUUGA